AUGGUUUAUUGGUUUGAUAAACGUAAUAAGUUGUUGUCAGUGUUGUUUGUUGUAGCCUUUUGUUUUGUUUACAGGUUGCAAAAGCCACAUCCUUUACGCAGCCCAGUGACUAAACAACCCUCGUUGGCAAGAGCAUUAACCAUUUCCUCUAUCUCAGAGAAUGUGAACAAGCCGCUAGUAUCAAAAGAUUGCAGGAAUUUUUCCAAGGCUCCUCUUAAGUUGAAGUUUCCUUUGUCUUCUAGGGCGGCAGCUUGGAAUCUUGAAGAGGAUGACGAGAGUGGAGUAGCAAGUGGUAGCACUGAUGGAGUUCCUUUUGGAUACACAACAGGAGGGUUAUAUUAUUCAACUGAUGUACGUCUUCAAUCAUUGCAUACAUUAGAGGGUAAUGAAGAGGAAGUUGUCACUCCAACAGACCAGGAGAAGAAGCAAAGUGGCUUAAAGCAUACUAGAAUAAGCAAACUGGCACGGCGACUUAGCCAGAGAAGGGAGAAAGGAAGCGUAAGGAACCAAGGAAGAUCACACAGUUUGGAAGAUCUCGCAUCUCCUUUAGGAUCAGCAUCAUCACAAGGAAGCAGCAAAUCACCAAGGUUACAGCGUGCUAUGUCAGUUAAUCAACGCUCUUCUCCUCGCAUGCGGCUUUCUGUCCAGGAAAAUAGAUUCAGUUUCAAUAACAGAGAUCUCAGAGAGAAAUCAAAGAAAAAAAGGGACACCACUUUAGAUGCACUUGUUGACGCAAUUGUCCGUAAAGAAACUGAUGAAAUUAGGAAUAUUUUGGAAUCAGAGGAUGUAGACAUCAAUGGGGUUAAUGAUGAUGGGUUGGCACCUCUAGAUGUGGCUGCCAUGCUUGGUGCCCUUUCCAUUGUCAAAAUGCUUUUGUUGUAUGGUGCUCAAGAAAGCUCAAAAUUGCCAAGUACUUAUCUUGCUAAGCACAUUAACAUGCUGUUGAAGGAAGCAGAGCUGAGAGUGGAUGAUCUAACCACAGCAGUGGUACAUGUCAGUGAUACUGGAUCUUCUGAAGUAAAGGAAAAUGAAAGGUUCUUUCAAGAGUGGCUAUGGAGGAAACACUUGCUUGAACAACUGAAGAAAGGACUUUCAAAAAUAGAUCCACCUGACAAGCCAAGCAGUGUAACAAUAUCAGUUGCUUCUGAAGAUUCACUGCUUGUUCGUUUUAUUGAACCACUUUGUGAAAAAGUUAUUGUAUCUAAAUAUAAAAUUCAAUGGAGCAAGACCCUAGACUUCAAGUUAUUAGAAGGGGAAUAUGUUCUUCGUGAUUUAAGAUCCCUAGAGUACACAAUAUGUAAUUUACAAAAGUCUGUGUUAUACUAUGUACGCGUUUGCUGUGGAAAUCUCAAAGGCUUUGGACCAUGGCUAGAAUCUAGUCCUCCCUGUGCAAUGCCCUCAACAUGGCAUGAGGUCGAUGACUCAAAACCUCGUUUCCAAGGGCGAUUAAAUGUCAUAGAUGAUUUGUUUGGCCGAGUAUGGCAAAGCCAUGAAGAGUUCUCACCAGUUAGACCAGUUUUAGCACACAGACCACGUAGUAACACAUUUGGCAAUGAGACAGCAAGUGAGAGCGGUGUAUCCCCUAGAACAAGUCGGAGAUCAGCAAUGAAAAAGAGUCUAACUAAAUACACUCAUCUGCUCUUCCAUUCUACCCCAAAAUUUGCAAGACAUCUGAAAAGAGGUGUAUACCUGGCUUCUCUGUUGUUCACUGACGAUGAGAAACUGCUCGUGACCUUGGAUGAAAAUAUCCCCAUAAUUGAAGUGGAUGAUAAUCACCCAAGUACCUUCCUUCAAGACUUCUGCUGGUUAAUGAAGGUUGCAUGCACUUGGAAAGAUGUUAAAAAGUUAAAGCAGGAAAUUGAGAAAAAGUCAUCGUCAACUUCAGUCCUCUUUAGAUGUAAAUUACUCCAAGCUGCUGACUCUCUGCAGGGUGCUCUUGGAAAGCAAGAUCUUGGAAGACUGCAUUAUAAACCUGUCAAGGAUCGAAAUGGUAGCACUGUGAUUGUUGCUGUCAAUAAUGUUAUUCAUGCCAGUUCAUUUAAGCCACGUAUCAUGUCUCUCAAGUGGUUGUCAUUGAGCAAACUUCAGAAGAAGAUUCAGACUACUCCGCUUCAAGCUGGAUUACAGGAAGAGUUGUUUUCUGCAUCAGAGAUGCUUGUGUCCUCCAUUCAGGAAAAGAUCCAUUACUAUGAAAACAGUAAAAAAAGCCUUGAAAGGGGUUUAUACAUUGGUUAUUUGAAGCUCAGAACCUUUGUUGAUGCUAUUCAUGUUGUGGUACAAGAGAACUGUCCAAACGUCCUGCCGCAUGUCAAAUUACGAGAUAACCCUAAUGUGUCCAGAGAGGAAUGGCAAUGGCUUCAAACACUAGACUCUCUAAAGGAGGACACUCAGGAGCCGUCGAAGACUGCGCAUGAAUUUCAAGUGCUUGUGGCCAAAGCAGCCGAAACCUUGAUGGAGAAAGUUGGAGUUAAUAAAGAGGCGUCAAAACUUCACAGAAUAUAUGACCGAGAGGUGGUGGAACUAGAUGAGAAUGUGUCAUUUAUCAUUGUGUUCCCGCCCCCUGAGGAAGUGUGUAGCGCCCCGGGACAAGUGGACUCUCUCACUCAUCAGAAGGGCUACAUAUCUCUAUCUGUACAAACGUUUGAAAUGAUUCACAUGUAUACCUAUCAGCAAGAGUUUAUUUGCCAUUAUUCUCGUCUGUCGUCUGUUCUCGAUAUGGACUCUGUCAUAUCACAGCAGUCGCUUAGAGAGGCCUUCUCCUCACCCGAGGUACAGUUAGCAAAAGCACGACAAGAGCAGCUGUUAGACUUCCAGCGGGAGCUGGACGAGACGUGGCAAGGAAUGCGUUGGAUAUUAGAUGCUCUCCAUUAUGCCAGAGAUCGUCAAAUCCGCGGUGGAAUACCGCUGGUCGAGGUGUUCGAAUACACUGUUUCUCAUCCUGAUGGCCAGUGUUGCGUGUGUUCGUCGGAUUUGAAAGGACAAAUCCUCUGCAAUGGACACAGUUCUUCACCCAGCAGUAGUCCUAGAGAGGGAGUGGUUCAAAUUCACACAGCAGGAGAGACCAGUCUCCCCCCUGGAGCCACAGUGACGCUUCACAUAACGCCCAGCACAAGAGCGGGUGAAGUUGUCAAAAUGGUUGUGCAACAACUUCACAAGAAGUGCCAAGAUAGAGACAAAUCUGCACGUUGGCACAAUCUCUCCGAGCAGAAAAUUAAAGACUUGUGUUUGGUGGCGGUAAUAGGCGGUCAAGAAAAGUGUUUUAGAGACGAUUUUAAACCACUACAACUUCAAAAUCCGUGGAGACGAGGCAAGCUUUACCUCAGGUUGCGCUCAGAGGCUUUGGCUGCGUCUUCUUCGGGUUAUUUUACGAGUGUGUGACAAGAGCGAAUUCUUAUAUUGUCAUCAUGUGACUCCCAAAUCUCAUCGGCGUUUUAUUUUUUCCUUGAAAACUCCAAAACGUGCGUCAAACACUGUCAGUCAAACAAAAAGAGAGACGUGCGGAUCAUGAAAAGGUAGAAAUUUUGUUCAUGCGUCAAGAAAUUCUCGUAGCUGGUAAAAGAGAGGAAACCAGCUAGGAGAACCUGUAUGCUGUUAGAAUUUCAAACGUCACGCCAAAGAUGUGUGUUAGAUUUUACACAGCGCACGAGUUAACAUCUGUGCUGUGCUCAGUUGGAUUUGCAAUCUAGUUUAGCAGGUUUCAUUCAUGUGAUAAGCAAUGUCCCGUCACAACCAGAAUUUCGUUUCCGUGGAAUUGACAAAACUGGCAUAGCACCGGUGUUAGAAAUUAUGCCAAGUGAGAAGUCAAGUGACAGAUCAGGUCGCAAAAAUUGUUUGCUGCAUCGCCAUAUUUCUGUUUAGUGUGUCUCCGUUUUUGAAACAAGAUGGGUGAAUCCGUCGUGGAAAUAGCAACAAAUUUUAUUAUAGGUAAGUAUUAAGAUAUUUAGGUACAAAAGAAAAUGGAAUCUAUUUAACAGGCAAAUAACAAGGUUGCUACCAAAAGAAACCGAUUAUAUAGUACAGAUUUAAUAUUGUACAUAGCUGAAGGUGGUGUAUGUCAAAAAGAGCAUUCGGUUGUUUUUUAGUGUCAAAUUUCUAUUUCAUAUUUAAUGUUAAGUAAUCGUUACCUUCGCAGAGAUGCUCAGAAGAUUUAACUUUGCUCAAAUAAUUACUUCUAGAGCUGAGGGCGUAGUAUUUAAAACAAGAGUCUUCACGACUUUACUUUCUCUCUUUUUGCGGCCAUGUUUAUUUUUAUCCAAAAACUAGCGCGCUAGCCUGCUUUAUCAAAUAAUGUACGGGAAAACUAGGAAAAAAAACAACAGAUUAGUUUGCUAUAAAUUUAUAAAAUGUGUAAAUUGGUUAGUAGUUGACCCUGGUUUUGCGUUAGAUACACUGUACGAUGUAUAUAACUAGUUAGAAAAUCCUACAACUUGCUGCAGCAAAUAAGUAAACGUUUAUUUAUGUUCUUCAACCGUUAAAGAGCAAACGUGUUGUUUUCAGCCAGUCAGAGCAAAGUUAUGUUUUACUGCUAAUCAAAUUAUAGGGUUUUUUAACCAAUCAGGAUUAAAACUUGAGCCAAUCGCGACUAGAUUUGCGUGCAUUUUCCCGCGCUUGGCACCGGUUGCACGUUUUUGCUUCGAGUUUUGAUUGGUUCAUUGUUUUGUUUUACGACAGUCGUGAAUGAAAGAGUGUCAUGAGCUUGGUUCAUCCUCGUUUAAAUCUAACUCGCUUGUUCCCUCGUGUGAAUAUAGCUUUGACCUUACUAAGAUACGCGUGAAAAAUAAUUAGAAGGGCUGGCUCCCUUUUCAAUGAAGAAUAUUUAUUAGCCGGUUUUACAUCGCGAUAUUUUUAGCAGCGCACUACAAUGUUUUCAAAUUUGAUCAAUGUUACAGAAUCUGAAGGACUGGAAAAAGGGAAUAAUUUGAAAUCGAAAAGGAAUUGAAAACCCUUGUAUCUUGCUGAAAAAGUAUCCAAAUGUGUAAUUAUCUUUUGGAGGGGUUAACGUUGUAGUGUACUUCAUACUUUUUGUAACCCAGCCAAACUGAUAUCGGAUAAUAAUCGCCAAUAACAAGUGUUUUUAUUUAUUCCCAAAACGUGUUUUGAGUUUUGAAAAAGGAAUCCAGAACUUCUAGUGACAGGAGUUUGCAUUUUCUCAUCUUAUGAGCGUCAAUGAUGGUUUUCUUUUUUGGAUUUCUUUUUUUUAAUGGAGGUGAUCAAGAAUUAUUGUACCUAUUUACUUGAAACAGGUGUCAAUUUGUUUAUAGGUCAUUAGCAAUAUUCUUUUCCUCUAGCAACUUUGGAAUUGGGCUUCAGUUUAUAGACCGUAUGUAAUUAAGUUAAGGAACACUGACUGAAUGAAGUUCUCAGAAGGUACUUCAUGUGAUGUAAAUUAAAGGUCCUUUCGAAAAGGUUUCCUGCAAGGAUUCAAUUUUUUUUAGUUAUUUUUGAGUAAUGUUUACGUUCGAUUUUGACGCGUGGAGAAAUGAUGAUGUAUGAUUAUAGAAUGACUGCAUAGGAAUAAACGACGUAAAUUUAUUUCGCAAGUA